AUGAACCGAAGAAAAAUUACCCGUACUCCUGAAGAAGAGGAGGAGGUUAUGAGACUCAGACGCGAAAGAAAUAAUGAAAAUCAACGUCGAAGUCGCGAAAGAGCCGCCCAAAUUGAAAAAAUGAGCGGUAAUUCUAAUGCGGAACAAAAAAAUGAAAAAAUUACACAGACACAACAUCAAAGAAAUUAUCGCUCAAGGCAACAUAAUUUUAUUGAUUUAGCUCUACUCCGACUCGAAAAUUCAACAAGUGAGCAUUAUAUUGGUGUAAUGAAUAUUUCUUGUAUACAUUGUGGUGCAAGACAUUUUGCUUCUGAAAAAGUUGCGAAUAGAGGCAAUUCUUUUAAUGAUUGUUGUGGACAUGGUCAAAUACGGUUGGAACCUCUACCCACUCUUCCUGCAAAUUUACAGUCAUUGUUUUGCGGCUCCCAUCCAAAAUCACGAUUUUUUUUUGAACAUAUCCGAAGUUACAAUAGUUCAUUUUCUUUUGCAUCUUUUAAUGCUAAUUUAGUUAAGUUUAGUUCUCGACCAGGACCAUAUUGCUUUAAGAUACACGGGCAAAUAUACUACCAAAUUAAUACAGCACUAUAUCCGUCCUCUAGCGAAAAUCCCUGUUAUGGACAACUUUUUAUCGUUGAUGCACAUGAAGCAGCAGAAUUUCGACAAAAGAACAAUUCAGAAUGCGACAUGGAGCUCAUGGAGUUGAUUGAUGAUAUAAUGCGGGAAAACAAUGUAUUUGUUCAUUCCUAUCAAAUGAUGAAUGAAGAAAUAGAAAAUCAAAAAUCCAUGCAUGCAGAUUAUGAUCCUGAAUUACAACUUUUAUUUACAUUAAAACCAGGUGUGGAUAAAAAUCGCUACAAUUUUCAAAGGGUCAAUGAAGUGGCUGCAGUUUUUUCUACAACAGCUGAUGGCGACAUUCCAGAGUCCUAUGUUACGAUAAGAAACAAAAACGAUAAAUCAUUGCAGUAUGUAAGUAGCAUGGAUCCCAAUGUAGAACCAUGGAUAUAUCCAUUAUUUUAUCCAUUCGGUACACGAGGCUGGCAUCAAGACAUAAAGUGCGUAAAUAAAUCUCGAAGAGUUACACGGGCGGCUUAUACCAAAUAUAGAAUUGCAGUCCGUGAUGAGAUCAGCGUAUUUUUAAAAGGGCGCAGGUUAUUUCAGCAGUGGUUAGUUGACAGUUACGUAAAAAUUGAAAAAGAUCGCAUUAAUUUUUGUAAGGAAAACCAAAAAAAACUCAGAGCAGAAUCAUAUCAAGGUUUGGUUGACCACUUACAAAAACGGGCAGAAGACCAAAAUGGAAAUGUGGGCAAAAUGGUAGUUUUACCAUCAACAUUCCAAGGAUCUCCUCGAAAUAUGCUACAAAAUUAUCAAGACGCAAUGACAAUAGUAAGGAAACAUGGUAAACCAGACCUUUUUAUAACUAUGACCUGCAAUCCAAAAUGGCGAGAAAUCAGCGAAAACUUGUUACCUGGACAACAUGCAUCUGAUAGACCAGAUUUGGUGGCCAGAGUCUUCAACAUAAAAAAAAAUGCAUUAGUUGAUUUGGUUGUAAAUCAAAAUUUCUUUGGUGAAGUACAAGCAUAUGUUUACGUCAUUGAAUUCCAAAAACGAGGCUUACCUCAUGUACAUAUGUUAGUUACUCUAAAGCAGUCACAAAAAAUAACAACCCCUGAAAUUGUCGAUCGAUACAUAUCAGCAGAAAUUCCAGAUUUUCAGGAAGAACCAAUAUUGCAUAACAUUGUGUUGGGAAAUAUGGUUCAUGGACCAUGUGGUGACUGGUGUUUAACAGAAGAGAAGACCUGUUCUAAAAAUUACCCAAAACAAUUUCGAGAAGAAACUACAAUGGAUGAAAAUGGGUAUCCUUAUUACCGUCGCAGAAAUCCUGGUAUGUCAUUUAAAAGGUCUUCUGAUGGAUACGUUUGCGAUAAUCGGUAUGUCGUACCACAUAACCCCACACUGUUAAAGUUAUUUAAUGGUCAUAUAAACGUAGAGGUCGUUUCCAGUAUUAAGUCAGUUAAGUAUUUGUACAAAUAUGUUUAUAAAGGUCAUGAUGCAGCAAAUAUAAUUAUUUCUGAAUCAAACAGCACAACCAUCGAACACGAUGAAAUCCGAAAUUUUAUUGAAACAAGAUAUGUCGGACCAGUUGAAGCUGCAUGGAGAAUUUUAGAAAAGCCUUUGCAAGACAAAAGUCAUUCGAUUACAAGACUGCCAGUUCAUUUGCCAAACCAACAAAAUGUGUUUAUUGCUGAUGAUUGCGAUGACAAUGAAAUCAGAAGUGCUUUAGAACGGCAAACAAUGUUAAUUGACUAUUUUGCCUUAAAUUCUCGAAACCCAGAAGCCCGUCAGUAUAGUUACAGCACAAUACCGACAUACUAUGUGUUUAAAAAAGUAGAUGGCAAAUAUCAAUGGAUCCAUCGUCAAAGACAAUUUAAUGUGAUUGGUCGUAUGUACUCUGUUAGUCCAACUCAAACUGAGCUUUUCCAUCUUAGAAUUUUAUUACUUCAUGUUAAAGGACCACUGAGUUUUGAGGAUAUAAAAACUGUUAAUGGAGUAAGACAGGAAUCAUUUAUGGCUGCAUGUUUGGAAUUAGGGCUUAUUGAAGAUGACCACGAAUGGAAAAGGGCAAUGAAUGAAGCUGAAAUUUGGAUGAUGCCAAGACAACUUCGAUAUCUUUUUGUUCGUAUUUUAAUACAUUGUCAACCAAUACAUCCUGAAGAACUUUGGGAAGAAUUUAAAGAUGCAUUGUCAGAAGACUAUCGAAGAAAAUAUAACGGCAGUCAAGAUAUGAAAAAGGCCUACGUUCAACUUGAUUCGAUGUUGAAUCUAGAAGGCUGGAGUAUUUCAAUGUUUCCUACUAUGCCACAAAUAACUGAUUUGGAUAAUGUCAGUAACGACAUGGAAAUUUUGAAUGAAGAAGAAGCAUUUGAUACAUUGCUAAAUCAAUACGAUUCUUUAAAUGCAAAACAAAAGGAAAUUGUAGAUUUCAUUUUAGAAAAAGCUGACAACCAAACAGAUGAGAACAAUGAAGAGACCUCUUGCAUCUAUAUUGACGGUCCUGGUGGAUCCGGUAAAACAUAUCUAUACACUACCCUUUAUGGUAUGCUGAAGACGAGAAAUAAAAAUGUUUGUACGAUGGCGUUCACCGGUAUCGCAGCCACAUUGCUUCCACAUGGAAGAACAGUGCAUAAAACGUUCGGAUUACCAGUUCCUCUAUUUUCGGACUCCAAUUCGAGCAUUAAAAACAAUACGAAAGAGGCAAACUAUCUUAAAAGUGUCGACGUUUUCAUUUGGGACGAAGCACCAAUGGCACCAAAGGAUGCAUUAGAAGUUAUCGAGAGAACAUUACGCGAUUUAACGAACAAUAGGUUGCCUUUUGGAGGAGAUUCAGAUUCAGAAUAUUCAGAUCCUUAUGCUACAGAUGAAGAUUCUGAAUAUGAACCUGAAGUGCCAAAACCAACAGAGGCCGACUCUGAAAGUAGCGAAGAAAGCACGGCCAUUGUAACAACCCCGCAAAGCAGCAGAAAAAGGGUCAGAAGAGAAAAAAGUUGGGCUUGCAAUCAACGGAAAACUAAAAGAGCCUUAGGUCUUGCUUACAAAAAUACAAGGGGAGUCCAGGUUUCUAAAAAGACAUUCGAAAUUCCUGUAUGCCAAUGUGGUAAUAAAUGCCAUGAAAAGAUUAGUGAAGCUCAGAGCGAAGCUAUUUUCAAAAAGUUUUAUGAUCUGGCUGAUUUCAAUUUGCAGACGGCUUACAUUUUUGGACAGAUUAAGGUUAUUAAAAAAACUCGCCUUUACACAGAAAAUCCAGAGAGUCGCCGCCAAUUUACUAGAAUUUACUAUUUGCCCAAUGAAAAUGGUUUAGAUGUAAAAGUCUGCAAGGACUUUUUCAAAAAGAACUUACAAGUUUCUGACGGUCGAUUAUCGAGGAUUUUAAAAAGCAAACCUGAGGGAAUACCACCAAAAGAUAAAAGAGGAAAACACCCUUCAGCGAACAAAACUCCCGAAGCCAAAGUUUUAGAAGUAAUGGAUUUUAUUAAACGCUUUCCAGUUUUUGAAUGCCAUUAUUCUAGGCCAAAAAGUGGCAAUAGAAAGUAUUUGGCCCCAGAUCUGAAUAUAACAAUAAUGUAUAGUUUGUAUAAGGAUCAAGCAGAAUCAGCAGUUAGUAGAUAUAUUUUUAGAAAUAUUUUUAAUACUCGUUUUAACUUGCAUUUCCACGCUCCAAUAACUGACAGCUGCCGAAAAUGUGACGAAUUUAAUAACAAGCUAAAGGUUACCGAAGGUGAGGAAAAAAGAAAUCUAGAGAUUGAAAAAGAGUUACAUUUGCGUAAAGCGGAGCUGGCUAGAUCAGAAAUUAAAAAAGAUGGAGAAAAAGCAAUGAUUGAAGAAAACGAAAUGGCUGCAAUAGCAUUUGAUUUAAUGAAGACCCUUCCAACCCCUGUACUUUCGACAGGUAUUACCUACUAUAAACGUCAGUUGUGGACCUAUUGUCUAGGUAUACACAACCUUGCCAAAAAUACUGCUAUUAUGUAUGUAUGGAAUGAAUCAAUUGCUUCAAGAGGGCCGCAAGAAAUUGGAUCGUGUUUGUUACACUAUUGUAAAAAUUUUGUUAAGGAAAAAAAACUCAUUAUGUACAGUGACCAAUGUGGUGGCCAAAAUAGGAACAUAAAAAUGGCGCUUAUUUGCGACUUUAUCACAACAUCGACAGAAUUUACUGUGAAUGAAAUAGAUCACAAAUUUUUGGUAUCAGGCCAUUCUUAUCUGCCUUGUGAUCAGGACUUUGGCAUAGUGGAAAAAGAGAAAAAGUUCCAUAAAGAUAUAUUUUUACCCGUCCAUUGGGUAACAGUUAUAAAAUCUGCACGUAAAAAAAAGCCUUUUCAGGUCGAAUGGAUGAAAAUGCAAUGGCUUAGAUACACUUCUGAAAACAAGCACCGUUUUCAGUUCAAAUAUUCUAACUCAGAGGAUGUUUUAUUCAACUCUGUAAAUGUGUCAAAGCGCAAGGCAGGUAAUCAAGUUAAUGCUGUACAACUGCUGUUCCCAAAUGGUAGGCCAAUUGAAAAAAAAAAGAAACAAGAUCUUAUGGAACUUCUUCCUUAUAUUCCGCCCAUAUACCACCCAUUUUAUGAAGGUCUGAAAACUUCUUCGACAGCAGCUGAUGAACUGGCUGAUGAGCAUGCUGAGGGAGAAAAUUGA